CGUCGUUCCAGUGUCCCAGCGAGCUGAGAGAGAAAAAAAGAAAAAGAAAAGAAAAAAACCGACCGAUCAGACGAAUAACGGUACACGCCGAAUAUUUAUGCAGCCGAUCCCCGCGUGUUCCCGCAUCGCACGCGCCGCUCGAGAUGCGCACGUGAAUAAAUGCGUUCGGAAACGGGCGCGCGGAUCGGCUUCUCGGGGCGGACGAAAAACCAGCGGCCCACCAUUGUCUGCGUGGAAAUAAGAAUGGCCUGGAUGUGCAAGAGGAAGUCCUUGAUCGCCACCAGUCUGAUCGUGGCGGUGUCGCUGUUCGUGGUCGUGGUGAACUACUCGGAGAAGCCCUACUUCCUGCUGCCGCCCGUGUUCGGUCAGACGUUCAGCAGCCACUGGAUGUUUUCCAAGCAGCCGUACAAGGCCUUCAAACCUCACCUGGGCUACGUUAGCAUCCCCAAACAGGAGCCCCUGAAGCUGCACUGUGAGCUCUGCAGCAUCGUGUCCAGCUCCGGACAGAUGUUGGGUCAGGCCGCCGGCCCGCAGAUCGACCGCUCGCCCUGCAUCUGGCGCAUGAACAACGCGCCGGCGCGAGGCUUCGAGCGGGACGUGGGCCAGCGGACCACGCUGAGGGUCGUCUCGCACACCAGCGUCCCCCUGCUGCUGCAGAAGCCCCAGCACUUCUUCGGGCGGGGCAACGACACCAUCUACGUCGUGUGGGGGCCGCUGCGGAACAUGAGGAAGGACGGGAAAGGCGUCGUGUACAACAUGCUACGGCAGGCGGCGGAGAAUUACCCCCACGCCCGCAUUUACGUCACCACGGAGGAGAGGAUGAACUACUGCGACAUGGUCUUCAAGAAGGAGACGGGUAAAGACAGGAUCCAGUCGGGCUCCUACCUCAGCACCGGCUGGUUUACGCUUAUCCUCGCCAUGGACAUGUGCAAAGAGAUCCAUAUCUACGGCAUGAUAAAUGACACCUACUGCAAAGCGGAGGGUUACCGAAAGGUCCCCUAUCACUACUACGAGGCGGGCAGCCGUGACGAGUGUGCGGAGUACCUGCUCCAUGAGAGCGCCCCCUACGGCGGGCACCGCUUCAUCACCGAGAAGUCCGUGUUCGCCAAGUGGGCCAAAGCUCACGCCAUCAAGUUCUUCAACCCGCCGUGGCAGCUGUCGUGACCCUGGCUGAACUGACGUGGAAAUAAUGCUCCGCCGGCAUCAUUAUCAGCAUCGUCGGCGUCGUCUGGGGACCAGCUGGAAAGCGGGUUCCCCUGAUGUGCACGAAUAUCCAUUUGGGCACAAAUUCCUCUUCAUGUCGAUUUUAAAAAGGUUAGACAACAAAAAAAAACAACCAUAUCUACCGUUUCUUGAAAGUGUUUUUCUGGUGAAUGUGAGAGCAAGAGACCGCACAGCUGGCUCUCUGCUCUUCACUGACUCAUCGAUCCAUUCGCUGCUCUGUGAGUUCAGCGAAGGACGGCUCCGAGGCGAACAUUAAAGAAAAAAUAGAGAAAACAACAACAGGAAGAAGUUACAACCAUCUGUCAACUCUCACUGACCCCAGUGGCUCACAUGUCUGCAGGCGAUGGGCCGGCGUGCAGCUGAAGAAGAGCUCAGCUGCUGCAGACACGUUGAACACGGACGCCUGACAAGUCGCCUACUCUGUUUUAUCUGCGUGUCCGUCGUUGUCUGUCAGGCUGUAUUUAACGUAUAACAAGUAUCUUAUCUAGGCCUUCAACUCUGACUGAUGGGUUAUUCCGUUCUGUGUACUCUGAAAAAACGUUUCACAAAACAGCUUUCAGUCAAAUUCAACAGGAACACAGUAGAUUUGUGGAUGUAAAUCAGCUUUUUUUAUGCUCAAACAGCUUUUCUGGCCUAAAAUAAUGCUGUGAAUUGGAAUUUAGGAUAAAUGUGUGGCCUUUAUUUCCAUUAUCUUUGCAGAGAAACGUUUGCCAUUGAUAAUGUUGGCAUCACAGCACAAUCACAGACUCACGUACAGAAGGACUUAAAUCAUUUGUGACCCCGCAAAGGGAAAGAUUUAUGUGUGCAGUGAAACCAUGUGAAGUUAAUUAUAUUCUAUUAUCAUUUUGUGCCUGCAAUCCACUCUGCAGUUCAUUGCAGAGAAGAAGAUGCUCUCUCUGUCUCUUUUUUCGCUCAUCCUCUCAUGCAGCUUUGUGCCUCUUUGUGUACACUAUCACAGUGUGAACACAUCUCGCCAUUUGUCUUUCAACGGAGUGUGCAUGUCUCCCGGUUCUGGUCAUUACGUCUCAACGCAUCUGUUCCAGGACAGUGAAGAAUAAUCAGUGAGGGGCCGAGGUGUGUAGGUCUUUGGGAGGUUGACUCGCCCCACCCACUCUCCCCCCACUCUCCCCCCGGAGGACUGGAAGGAUUCAAAGGCUUCUAACUUGAUGCACAAGCCUGUAAUACACUGUAAAAUACUGCAGCUGAGCUUCACAAUCUCACUCCCACUGCAGAGGCCUGUUUACGAUUACACGUCGGGACUCUAUUUCGGGCUUUAGGAUUUGGUGAUUUACAGGUCAAAAGACAUGUAGGUUGAAACUGACAGGCUUUUGGAUGUCUUGGCAGCGAUGUAGCUGCCAUAGAUGCAGUGUAGUGAGGAUUUUAUGACCCAAUCGCAGUAUUUUCAGACACAGUAUGUUUGUCUACCUAUAGGCUUAAUUUUCUGAAUUUUAUCCCCCCCCCAAAAAAACAGCCGGGGAAACAAUUUGCAAUAGGAUUUCGAUGUUUUUGAAAAAAUAGAAAAUGUACUGAAAGUAUAACUGAACUGUUAGUUGAAAAGAUAAUGUGUGAAGUUAAAAAAAUAGAACCAGAAGGGUAACGGGGUGUUUUGGGCUGAAUGCUCAAAUGAAUUGAAUUCCUGUUUCUAAAGUUCUGAUUACAGCCCCGUGUUUACCAACAUUUAAAUGACUAUAAUUCAAUGCAAACUAGGUGCCACUAAACAUAUACAAAGACAUGUAUAUACAAUGAAUGUGAAUACAUGAUAUGACAUACAGUAUGUAUUCAUAUUUCACUAGAAGCCUGUUAGGAACUCUUCCCAAAGGAAACACGCUCCCUAUUUAACUAAAAAUGACCUACUUUGUUAAAAGACUCUCAGCUUGAACGUGCUCUGCUGUGAGUGUACCUGUUUGUUCAAAGGCAUCAGGCGGCUACCAGCACGAAGGCAUUUGAAUCAAUUAAUGUGUAGUCGUGCAACUGAAAACUAAAAAGAACAACAUGAUGACUCUUUGUGUCUAAAAAAAGUCUUCACAUUUAGAUCUUCACAGACAGAAAUGUGCUAUGCGAUCAGACAUUUCCUUCCUUUAGGGAUAAAAUCGUACUGGGCUUGUAUGACAGCUGAGCAAACUCCUGCUAAUGUGUGAUUAAGUGGAAAGCUCCAGAAAAGGUUAACGCGUAGUUAUUGUUUAAAACCAAGCUGUCUAGACAAAUUUUGACCUGCAAAGUACCAAAUCCGUGCUCGCUGGGGUCACGUGGUUUGUCUGCAUGUUUGCAAACUUUAGGAAACUGGAAAAGAAGACCCGAUCCGUCUCUCUUUUUUACAGACUGAGUAAGGUACCCGAGAAAUGACCUACAGCUGUAGACGCACCGCGAGUCCACCUGACAGGAGCUUCUGCAAAAUGCAUCGCCGCCCUGUUUUAAAUUCCACAGUGUACGACCGUAACGCGGUCAGGGGUCAUUGUUCAGAUUUCCUCUGGGAUGCCGCGUGUUCCAGACGUGUGGCGUGUCCCCGCGCUGCCAGCAGCCAGGGAUCAAAGUAUCCACCUCGCAAUAUAUGUAAAGCAAAAAUGUCUCUCUGCAUUAUUUAUCCAUGUUAAGGGAAGCCUAAAGAUGAAAUCUAGGCCUGGGGGGAAGUUCGAAAUGACACUUUUUUUUCUGCUCCUGCAUAUUGCCCUCAAUAUUGUAUACAGUUUUCCCUGCAUGUUACAUGAUUAAUGUACAUCUUUUAAACAUUAGGCCUGUGAUUGUGCAGUCACAUGGCAGCUCUACACCUGAUGUACAGUACAUCCACCAUAAAUUGUAAAAGCGGUUGUCACCGUUUAAUUGUCCCAUGUUACAUGUUUUAUGAUGCAUUUUUGUUUGUAUUUCAAAUGCAUACUCACAUCUUCCUGGUUUUAUUUUAUUAAUGUUGCUUACAUUUUUCUGUUGAUGCAGUGGUUUAUCAGCAGCAUCUUUUUAGUUUGCUUUAGGUCGUCUGUUGCCAACGUUUCCUUCUUGUUCUCCUUCUUCAGGCUUUGCACUCAGUUAUUUUUUCAUCCAAAAAACACUCCAAUGUUCUCAGGCAGAACACAAUGGAAGAAUACCCACAGAUGUAUUAUGCAGUAUAUAAUGGAGAAUACGCCCUUAUACCGGCUCCCAUGAAUCAUCUGUGCUUCACUGGAAGGGGAUUUGAGACACAAUUUCUAUGAAUAAGUGUGAGCAGAAUGGGAGGCCAAAUAUUCUUUUAAGGGAUUCCUUAAAAGGUCAAGACGGUUUGUUCUAACUUUAAACUGGAACAGCUUCAUAUUUUGGAGAUGAAAAUUAAUAGCCUACAUUUGGUUAUAAUAAUCUUGACGGGAGUUGGGUGAGAAGUUUAAUGAUACCAAAUCUUAUAAGUAAAUAUGAAUCUACAUCCGCUUGCUAGGUUAGCUUAGCACAAAGACUGGAAACGGGGGGCAACGGAUAGCCUGGUUCUGUCGAAAUAGUAGCAAAAUCCCACGGAACCUCUAAAGCGCUCUAUUCAACUUGAUAUAUCUUGUUUGUUUAAUGUGUUUAAACAUUUUUACAGGUGGUUAUGUGCUGGAAUGUCUCUGGCUCCGAGCUGCGGAGCCAUUAAGAGCUAGCUUCUGUAACUCAUUGUGCACCUCUUAGAUCUGUGUUUUUACCUACUGUUAACAAAGGCUUUGUUCUUACAAUUGUUACACAUGAAUGUUUCCGCAUUCUGAUUUUUUUUCCCCUCUGGUUCUUACCAUGAAAUAGGCCAACUGCACUUUUACUUUACUUUGUUCUGGUAAGUCAGACUAACAAAUUUGUGAGCCAGAUUAGCUCUCACCCCACUUCCAGUCGCUGUCUAUCUAACUGUCCAUCAAACCCAAAUUUAUUUCCCAAAAUUUCUUCACCCUAAAUUUGGGUUCAUUUCGACUUUCCCCUUUGUUUUGUAUCCCCAACUUGAACUGAUCCCGUUUGGCUUUUGUGUUAUGAGUAGUAAAGCUGGUCCUCUCAACCCCGUACCUUGCUGUAUAUACGCAAAUGAUAUAAAAAAAUAAAAAGCACUGCUUGUCUUCAGCUGCUCUGCAGCAUACAGUAAGUGGAAGUGUAAUGAGCUCCAAUUGUUCGCUUGUAUAAUGCAAAGGUGAAAAAUCAAAUUGAAGUUCCUUUCCUUUAAAUGGGAGGUUUUCUAAACCUAAUUAAAACUUCUCAGUCUGAAGGUCAGCGGAACAAAGGUGUGAAUUUUCAUAUUUCAUUGUUCCUAGCCGUUUAAAAUGCUCUCAUCAUUUUUGGCUUUUUCCUGCUGUAAUCAGUCGAGAUAAUUGCUAUCUGUUCUAUGGUUGAGAGUUAAUUUGUUCUCCUCCUGAGUGUUGUACUUGCCAUUUUCCUAAAAUGCCUCAAGUGCUUUCUUACAAUGGAAAACAAUGUAUUUUAUUUUUCCCCGUGUGCACGUCUUACAAUUAUUUUUCAUCCUUUUUUAUUUUCAGGUCAAGUGUCCUUGUGAAAUAUGUAACUUUGUAUGUGUGCUGAGUUACAUUGAAUGUAAUAUAACGGUGAGGUUGUUAUUUUGAAGGUUGAUUUUGCAAACACACUCCUUUUAAUUGGUGGUAAAAUUACAUCCAAAUGCUGCAUGGAGUAUUGCAGGUUAUUGAAAUGUACAUUUUGCCAAUGAAAAAAAACAAACAGUCAUUAUUAUUAUAUGUAUUAUUCUGUCAUUUGCCUUUCAACAUAUGAUAUAUUGUGAAUGUUGUUAUUUUUACCAACAUGUCCUUUGUGUCUUUUAUUAUUAAAGAAUUGAUUAAAGAAAACCUGAUAAA